AUGGACAAGAAAGAUAACUAUACAGUAGAUUAGUUUUUACAAAACUUCACUCUUGAACUCAUUACCUUAGAUACCAAGCAGAAUGAUAAAGUUUAUUACACACUGGAAAUGGAAUUAAAAGAUAGAAGGGUCAAGUGGAGAAUCGAAAAGAGAUUUUCUGACUUUGAAGCUCUUCACUUAGAUUUAAGCAAGACAACAAUUGAAUUGCCUUAUCUUCCUCCUAAGAGUUUGUUUAAGCUCUAGCAGCAAGAUCUCCAAAAGAGGAAGAGCGAUCUCUAAAAGUAUUUGAAAUCAUUAGUUGUCAGACCAGAUAUAUUGCAAAAUGAAAUAUUCCAAGAAUUCUUAGAACUUAAUAAAUACGGAACAGUUCCUAAACAAGUUAAUUAUAGAUAGUUAGGUUCUAUAAGCGGAUUUUCUAUGAAGGUUAGAGAUAUUCAUUAUGAAGAAUCAUAAGGAAUUAUAUUUGUUCUUAUUGGCGAUAACGACUUAAAAACAAAAGUUGGAGGAUUCUUAAGCAGUUUAUUAGGAACCAGUAAGAAAGGAGAUCCUUGUGGUAGAUUAAUUUGCCUUAGAGCUAAAAAUCAGUAUACAUUUGAUUUUAAUAAAUUAUGGCACAUAGACUUCUAUUCUCAUCCAUAAUGUAUGCAUUUUGAUCCUAAGUUAACCAUGGUUGCAGUUGGUCUUUACAAUGGUGAUAUCGAAAUAUACAGAGUCAAAGUAGAGAAAAACUAUUAAAGUUAUGAAGAUUAUUGCAUUAUUAAACGUCACACUUCAGCUAUCACAGCAGUUCAUUUAGAUUUCUAAUCAGCAACUGUUUAUUCUAUCUCAAGAGAUAAGGCAUUUUUGGUUACUAAUAUUGCUAAUAACGAUAGUCAUUACAGAAUCGAUGAAAAAAUUCUAACUCAUCCAUUAACUGCUUUAUGCGUUGACUCAAUAAAUGAAAGAGUUUUUGUAGGUGAUUCUGUUGGAUCUAUUUAUGUAUAUACUACAGUCGAACCUAUAUAAAUCAUCACCUCAGUAUUUUUAGAAUAUGAAAAUUAAAUAAACGCAAUUCACAUCACUAAGCAGAAAAAUUAUAUUUUAUUUGGCCAUGCAACUGGACUUAUUAGAGUCUUUGAGCUUAAAAAGAAAGGAAGUGAUAGAGUAUUAAACCCAAUUUCAGCUAUAACUGGUCCUGAUAAUUUACAUAGUUUAUCAUUUUCAUUAAAAGACAAAGAGAUCUAUUCUAAUUGUACCAAUAGUCUCUUAAUCAUUGAUUCAGCACACAAUCUCCCUGUUAUUUCAAUCAACGCUCAUAAAGAUUUGAUCACUAAAAUACAAUAUGUUGAAGAAAGAAAUAUCUUUGUAACUGCAAGCAAAGACUUCACAGUUAAGUUUUGGAAAUUGAGAGGCUCUAAAGACGAUAAAGAAAGCGAAUUCGAACAGCUUUACUUAGCUAACCAAAAUAAUAAACAUCAAUAAAAAUAAGUAGCAGAGUUAUAAGCAGAGAUUUAAAAGAGUUCUAUUAAUCCUAUCGAAGAGUCAAGGUAAAAAUUCUAAGAAAAGCUUGACAAAGAAAAAAAAGAAUAAGAGCAAAGAAGGUUGGAAGAAGAAGCUAAAAAAAAGAAAUAGUAAAAAUUAUAUAGAUAAUAUGAUAGUGAUAGCGAUGAUCUUGAUUCUGAUGAUGAUGACGACAAGUACAAUAAAAAUAAAUAGGUGCAAACUAAGAAAGAAGAAGUAUAAACUUCUUAAAAAUCUUAACAACAAAAUAAAAUUAGCAAAGAUCAAAUAAAAUCUGAAGUAAAACCAUAAGAAAAAUCAACAUCCAGCAACCCAAAACAACAACAAUAAAAGGAAUAAAAGAGAGAAGAAGAGGAAGAAGAAGAAUAAGAAUAAGAGGAUGACGAUGAUAACAUUUUUGGAUGGGACAAAUGA